AUGGCGCUCAACAUCCCCCCUUUCAUGGACGCUACGCUCCAAGCGGGCUUCAUGGGCGCUCUCUCCAAUGUUCUGGCGCAGUACAUUGAGUCGCUCAAAGUCGGAGAGGAGCUUGAGAUCGACUACAUACCCGUAUUUCGCUUUGUGCUCUUUGCCGUCCUCACCACACCCAUCAACUUCUUCUUCCAGUCCUGGCUGGAGGCCACCUUUCCGUCGCGUCCGGCAGGCCCCCACCCCAAAAAGUCCGAUGACAAGCCCAAGAAGGAGCCUAAGCUCUCCGUCCGCAACACCAUCAUCAAGCUUGUCCUCGACCAGACCGUGAGUGCCACGUUCAAUACCCUCGCCUUUUCCAUGUACACCCGGGGCCUGCAGGCUGCCAUGCACGACGCACCCAGGGAGACCUCCAUCACCGGUGCUAUUCGUUUCUGGAACUCGCCGGGCUCCAUCAAGUUCGACGAGGUCGACUGGGCUGGCGUCUGGAGGGUGGCCUGCGAUGAGUUCUGGGGCAUCUACGUGGACGGGCUGAAAGUGUGGCCUGCAGUAGCUGUGGUCAAUUUCACCGUGGUGAAGGAUGUCCAGACGAGGAACCUGGUUGGCGGCAUGGCCGGUAUUGCAUGGGGAACUUAUAUGAGCAUGCUCGCAAAUGCGUGA